AUGGCAAAAAUAGAGUAUAUAAGUGUGGAGGGGUUGCGGGUGGACGGGAGAAGGCCGGCGGAGGUGCGAAAUAUCGAAAUACUCUGCGGCCCGGAAUGCGGAGUGGACGUCAACAGUUACGACGGAGUCGCGCAGGUUAGACAGGGGCUUACGAAGGCUCAGGCGUUCGUAAAAGGACCAACAGACGUAGGACGAAACAAACAGCGCAGUCAACUGGAAACGUCUGACAGCCCGGUAGAAAUACAAUGCGAGGUGGUCAUGCCCUGUGAGAAAAGGGUCAUAGGCAAUAAAAUGGAUCACCAAUCCGCCGAUAUCGCACAAACCGUGAUUGCGACUUUUGAAAGGGUCGUAGUAUCGCACUUCUACAAGAACUCGGUCAUACACAUCUUCGUCAACGUACUUGAAAACGAUGGCGGUGUCAAAGCGACAGUCAUCAACGCCGUGCUAGUCGCGCUGGUCCACGCGGGAAUUGCAAUGAGGGAUCUCAUCGUAGCCUGCACUGCGGCCAUGCUCAACAGACAACUGCUCAUAGAUCCCAACCAGCUGGAAUUGAACGCCUCUGUUAUGGAACUGACCCUUGCUGCUUCCGUGUCAAAGGAAGAGAUCAUGUACCUCGAUCUGAAGUCGAAACACGCCAUAAAGUCAGUCGAUGGCAUCAUUAUAAAGACCAUAGAAGCUUCCAAGCAGUUCAGCAUUCUGGCCAAGGCGAAACUGAAAAACUACGCUAGAGAUUACCUUGAGCUAAACAGCGCCGUACACGGCUGA